AUGGCCAUCCACACGGUGUUUCAGCUGCUCCUACUUCUGCUUCUUUCUUCCAUCAGCAGCAGCACCACCAUGGCUACGACUCCAUUAGCAGCGCGAGCUUCCGAAUCUGGAGCUCCAAGACACCAACAGGGCAUCAGGAGGUUCCCAUCUGCCAAUUGCCCAAACAAAUGCGGCGAUAUGGAUAUCAUGUUUCCCUUCGGCAUCGGCCCCGACUGCUCCCGGGAUACCACCUUCGCUCUCAUUUGCGACAACGGCACGCUCUAUCUCACAGACCGCGUCACGAAGGUGUUUUUCAUGGGCGACGCCGGGGCUCCACAGGCUUCCAUUGGCAGUGUAUUAAUCGACUUCUCAAUUGCCAUCUCGACGAGUCCGGGUGCUGAAGUGCAGAAUGCAUCACUAAAGACCCCCUCCAGCAAUCUCGUUUUCGCUCUCUCAAAGCUAAAUAUCGCCGUGUGCAAUUUCUACACCUACCUGAUUGGAAACUCAAAUAUAAGUCCGGAAAUCCCGUUUUGCACUUACUGUGAUGAUUUAGACCCCGAUAUGGUUUACGGGAAGAAAUGCAACCACAGACCACCCUUCGACGCCCACAUGGUUGCCAAUCCCGUGCAGCUCAAGUUUGUCCCUGUCAAGGAGGCCCAGCAGGUGCAGCGCCAAAAAGCGACUGUGCUAGCUAUGCUUUUUUGGAAUAUAAAUGACCAACGUACAUGUGCCGCCGCUUCGGCAGAUUGGGCCAACUUCGCCUGCGUGAGCAACCACAGCUCGUGCGUAGACACCACAUACAUGGCUGGUUAUUCAUGCCGUUGCGAUGCUGGGUACUCGGGCAACCCGUAUGUACUCGGUGGCUGCUCGCGUGAUCCCGGAUACAAUCCGUCGGCUCAGCGAAAUGUGACGUGCACUCGUUCUUGUGGUAAAAUGAAGAUUCCCUUUCCAUUUGGACUAGAAGAUGGUUGUUCUGCAAAGACCGAAUUUCAACUUUACUGCACCGCAUCAGCUCUCAUGUUGCUAUAUUCAAUUAGAAGGCCAGGGGGAUAUGUCACAAACAUCAAUAUUACUGAGGGGUACUUGGACAUUGAAGGUACCUCUUAUGAUCAGUCUGACUAUGGACCAUUAUUCUACAUUGCCGACAGAGACUCAAACAGACUGCAAUGGGUAGUCGCAAAUAUAACUUGCCAAGAGGCACAUCAGCAUAUCUUCACAUAUGCAUGUGUUAGCCCCAAUAGCGAAUGCUUAUACGUCAACUCAACGGUAGUGGGUUAUAGCUGUAAAUGCAAUGAUGGCCAUGCAGGAAAUCCAUACGUUACCGGACCCGAUGGUUGUAAAUGCAAUGAUGGCCUUUGUAAAGGAGUAUGCCGCAGUACCGAUGGAAGUUACACAUGUGCAGGUAUUGCUAUUGGGCUUGGAAUUGGCUUCGGCAUUCUACUUCUUGGCUUAAGUGCAAUGUUUAUCCUCCGUAGAUGGAGAAGAGGCGUCCAAAAGAGACUGAGAAUGAAAUAUUUUACAAAGAACCACGGCCUCCUUCUAGAACAAUUAAUAUCAUCAAAUGAAGAUGCAAGUGAAAGGACAAAGAUUUUCUCUCUAGAAGAGUUGGAGCAGGCAACAAACAACUUUGAUCUCACACGGAUCCUUGGCCGUGGAGGGCAUGGCAUGGUGUACAAAGGCAUCUUAUCUGACCAGCGAUUGGUGGCUAUAAAGAAAUCCAAGGUCAUUGAGCAAGGUGAGAUUGACCAAUUCAUCAAUGAGGUCGCCAUCCUUUCACAGAUCAACCACAGAAACAUCGUAAAGCUUUAUGGUUGUUGCCUUGAAACUGAGGUGCCACUAUUAGUGUAUGAUUUUGUUCCUAAUGGUUCCUUGUUUGAAAUCCUUCAUUCUGGUCCAAGCAACACUUCUUUGUCCUGGGAUGGCUGCCUAAGAAUUGCUGCACAAGCUGCAGGUGCUCUCUGUUAUCUCCACUCUGCAGCUUCCAUAUCAGUCUUCCACCGUGACGUCAAGUCUUCUAAUAUACUCCUAGAUGCAAACUACACUGCAAAAGUUUCUGACUUUGGUGCAUCAAGAUUGGUGCAUAUAGAUCAAACUCACGUUACCACCGGCAUACAAGGCACAUUUGGAUACUUGGAUCCAGAAUAUUUUCGCACUGGGCAGCUAAAUGAAAAGAGCGACGUGUACAGCUUUGGCGUUGUGCUUUUAGAGCUACUUCUCAGAAAGAAACCUGUUUUUACUAGCGAGUCAGGCUCGGCUCAGAGUUUAUCUAGUUACUUUCUUGGGGAGAUGCAGGAGAGGCCAGUAAAAGAGAUAGUCGCCGCUCAAGUUCGUGAAGAAGCAACCGAGGAAGAAAUUAUCAGUGUUGCCUCCCUUGCAGAGAUGUGCCUGCGGCUCCAGGGUGAUUAUAGGCCUACGAUGAAGGAAGUGGAGAUGUCUUUGCAGCUUCUGCAUACGAAAAGGUUGUUGUCAUCCCAUGUCACUCCAGAAAAUGGACGAGCUGAAGCUAGUGCCCCGUCUCACUCAGGUAAUGAAAUCAAUCCAGCCCCUGCACACAGUCAACGAUGUUAUAGCUUGGAGCAAGAGUUCUUAUCAUCUGCUAGCUUACCACGCUAAGUGUGUUCAUCAACGUCCCGGUGCUUAUCCAUUCCAUGUAUGCUCUCUGAGAGUUGCAUAGUAUAAACUCUGUUUUUUCGUAGCUGAAUAAGGGGUCGACCAUGCAGCGUGCGUAUGUUCACGCCUUGGCGGAUUCUGUUCGUUAUUUCAGUUAGCUCGCCCUGGCCGCGUCGUGGGAUGGCACGAAGCCACGCAGUUAUGGCGGCAUAGAGUAGCUCCUCUUCCUGGGACUAUUCCAUCUUCUGCCUGCACCUUUAAGAGUUUCCAGCUACUACUACUACUUGAUUACUCCUGAGAUUUUGGUUUCAACAUGGCAAUAUGUCCCUUUUGUUUAAGGAGCAAGCAUGCAUCAAGCUAGUAUUUACUAGCACACCUUCAUGGCUACCCCAUUAUGUGGUUCGAAAGGAUUUACU